AUGAGAACUGCAGCGGUUUUGGCCUUGGUGGCCUCGGUCCUCACAACAACCGAAGGCCUGACAAUACAACAAAGGCAGAAUGGGCCCAGAAUCGUCGGUCUGCAGACCGAGAGGCGGCCGGUCUUAAACCCGGCGCACCGGGACAAGUUAAGGAGGAGAGGCACUCUAGCCGUCAGCCUAGACAACGAGGAAACACUAUAUUUCAUCAACGCAACUAUCGGCACACCCCCAAAGUCCCUGAGGUUGCACCUCGACACGGGCAGCAGUGAUCUAUGGGUCAACACCCCGAGCUCACAGCUCUGCAGAGAGUCGUCCCAACCCUGCAAAUUCGCAGGCACCUACACGGCAAACUCUUCGUCCACAUACGAGUACAUCGGGAGCUACUUCAACAUAUCAUAUGUUGACGGCUCGGGCGCUGCCGGAGACUAUGUCUCGGACACGGUCAGUUUCGGCGGCCAGAAGCUCGAUAGGUUGCAGUUCGGCAUAGGCUACUCGAGCACAAAUGCCCAGGGCAUUCUGGGCAUUGGCUACGCCCUCAACGAGGUCCAGGUUGGCCGCGCCGGUAAGCCUGCCUACAACAACCUGCCAGCGGCCAUGGCAGCCGACGGCUUGAUCCAGUCCAACGCAUACAGCCUGUGGCUCAACGACCUCUCCUCCAACACGGGGAGCAUCCUCUUUGGAGGCGUCGACACAGAAAAGUACACGGGCGACCUGCAGACCCUCCCGGUCCUAGCCGAGCGCGGCGUCUUUGCCGAGUUCCUCAUCACCCUGACGUCGCUCAAGGUCGCCGGCACCACCGUCGCCGACAACAUGGCGCUGGGCGUCCUGCUCGACACGGGCUCGUCUCUCACCUACCUGCCCGACGCGGUCGUCCAGGACAUCUACAACGACGUCGGCGCCCAGUACGACAGCGAGCAGGGCGCGGCCUACGUCCCCUGCUCCCUGGCCCGGAACACGUCGACCAUGGACUUCACCUUCUCGUCGCCCACCAUCUCGGUCGACAUGAACGAGCUAGUCCUGGACCUCGUCACGUCGAGCGGCACGCGCCCCACCUUCCAGAACGGCGUCCCGGCCUGCCUCUUCGGCAUCGCCCCCGCCGGUAGCGGCACCAACGUCCUGGGUGACACCUUCCUCCGCUCUGCCUAUGUCGUCUACGACCUCGACAACAACCAGAUCUCGCUCGCCCCCACAAAGUUCAACUCGACCGCGUCCAACGUGGUCGAGAUUGGCACGGGCGCCAACUCCGUCCCGGGCGCCACACUGGUGGCCAACCCCGUGGCCGCUACCGCCGGCGUGUCCAACCCGUCCUUGUCCAACGGACUGGGCCUUGGUAGCUCGGCCGGGAACACUUUUGCCCCCGUCUUGAGCGCCAUAGUUGCCGUCUCGGUGGCGCUGGUCUCGGGCGUUAUGAUCAUUUUAUAG